GUCAUUGGGGUACAAUUAUUGUUGGUUCCCGACAGCAUUGCCAAUACUCGACAUCCUAAUCAGCCUCUUCGAGGCCAGUAAGCAUUCUGCAUAGAUUGAUCGACUUCACUCUCUUGCUUCUAGGCGUCGACGAGCUUGUCACGACUACGACCUUGUGCGCUACUCUGGGUCCUCUCCUGAUCAUCAGUGCUGCUGAUUAUGUCGUCCACCUCGUCUACACCACACGAAAGACAUUUAGGGUUUGUUCGGACCGCUCUGUCUCCGUGUCUUCUCUAGCGUAGUCACGCUGGGUAGGUUGGUUAUCAGCGCCGCGAGCGGCAAUGGGCUGGAGGUUCUCUGCCUCAGUCCUUGAGGUAGUCUCGAAGGCUGUCAUGUCUGUAUGAGCGUUCGUCUGAGGAUUUGAAGCGUAGUUCUCGGCGUCAUUACCGCCGGAUCGGAAGUUGUAACGUCUUUCUGAAGCGACCACUGGCACCAUGAUAGACUAAGAGUGGCUGAGAUGACGAUUAAGAUAGAUUAAGCACGUACGAGUGUGGUAGGGACGUUUCUAUGGCUAAUAUGUUGUUGAUGACCGCCGAGUGGGCCAUCACAUGCAUCGCAUUCCAAUCUCGAGCCACUCUGCUCAUAUUCCACGUCGGAGCCAAGCAAACUUACGUUCCAUAUUAGGCAAGUAUCCUUCCAUAUGAAGACUCGCGACGGGUCUCACGUAGACGCCAAACCCCACUUGACCCAAGUGGUCGCCUCGUUUCGCAACGCAAACACCACCCAAUACUUCCGCACUAUCCUGCGAUCUCGUCGAGUUGGAUGUUUAUUAACCCACGAACAGAAGAAAUGAACGCUGUGGAUGACACCGGAGGACUAGAAAUGCCUCUGCCCGAGGAGACAACAUCGCAUGUCGAUCUCGAAGAUCAUGCUCCCCAGGAAACGAAUCUGCCCAUCGCAAUGCGCGUGCACCCCAUUGCGCUCCGUUUGAUUUUCGAAACAAUCUUCCCACCCAUCGAGUUUCUUGACCCCUCCCUGAGUUUUGGUCCUCAGUCAACAUGGUCUCAGGCCCUUAGAACUCAAAAGGCCCUAACACAUGUUUGUCGAAGUUGGCGAUCAGUCGCUCUUUUAUUCCUCUAUCAAGAUAUCGUAUUUCGCAGAGUGGGCCAAAUUCCAGCCCUUGUACGAACGAUUCGCUCGAAUCGAGAAGGUAUCGAAGAACUGGUGAAGAGUAUAACCUUCGCGUGUUUCAUACCCGAAGGCUGGGAUGAGUUAACUAACAAGAACAUUGCAAAUAUAAUGGAUCAAUGCCCUAAUAUUAGAUCACUCUCAUUCUUCGGACCUUUCGUUGAUUGGUUACAAACCUCUAAAGGAGGCACCAAAGUAUUCGACGCACCUAGGGCGUUCAAGAACCGUUCACAUUCAAUCACUCACCUAACAUACUUUGACCUACUCCACGACUCCACACCCGCCAUCAACGUUGUGCCCUCGACUCUCCUUAUGUCUUUCCCAAAGUUAACUUACCUCUCCAUAACUUCACAUUGCAAGCCACCCCCAGACUUCAACCAUGCGUCUCCGGAUCCUUCUCUCCUCAAUUUGUCCUUCCCCUGUCUAACACACCUCGACGUCCUCCCUAAGAACGGCCCGAUCGCUAUGUCUCUCUUUAGUAUCCUCAGUACCUGGUCCCUACCGUCUCUAACCCAUCUCCGCAUGGAUUUAUCGUUACAGUGGCAUUACUGCACUAACUACGACCAUCACAAUGCCUUCCUCGACAAAUUCGGACCUCAACUUCAAUUUAUCAACUUUGGCGGGAACUUUACUGUACAUGCGAGCUUCUAUGAUGGGCCAGGUGGGGACGGUCCUUCGAUGCCUGUGAAGAGUUUUGUUAGAAAGAGUGCGAACCUCGGGCAUUUGGUUAUGGCAGCUUGGGAUUUGGAUGGGGUGGAGAGCCUGGCAUGGCUGUUGACUGACGAGUUCAAGGGGCGGUUGGAUAUCUGGGUUCCUUCCAGGGAUUUCGUCCUCACUAUGUCCAAGGACGACUCUCAAGACAAUCCUGAUCAAGCUACUCAUACCACUGGAUAUCACUACACUCAUACCCUUGGCUCGAAAUAUGACCGACCAAAUAUUCGACUCCUCGAUCAAGCACUUGCUCAUAUUCCUAACCUUCCUCUCCGAUACCCACCCGAUUCAAUCGCCAAAGAUGAUAUCUCAACUUAUGUACAUCGUGUUUCGGGCCUCCGUUUCAUUCAGACUCGAAACAUGAUUGUGCAGUACGAAGAGGAUUGGAGGAAGGAGAUGCCAAAGUGGGAUAUAGAUCAUGAAAAUAUACACGAGGACGAGAGCGUUGAGUUCUUCGAUGUGAAUGAUGAUGGUGUUGAUGGUGAUGAACAGCCUGGGAGCGAACCCGGCAUCAAAACCGUGGACGAUGACUUGCUUGCUCUACUCUCACUCCUACCCUUCCAGGGCUCAUCCAUUGAUGACGACAAUUUAGAACAACCCAACCAAGACAUCUCUCCAUCUUUAUCGCAUUCCUCGGAUGAUUCAGGUACUCUUAAUUUAUUCCAGGCUCUACCUUUCUACACGCCUCUCAAUCACGUCGCCGAUCAUCGCUUAGCCGAUGAAUUAACGACCACCGACGACCCGACUCAAUCAUCUACCGAGCCACUGCAUGCCUUGGAUCAUUCGGAACGGGCAGACUUGUUCCAAGCUCUACCGUUUCAUAUCUCUGACGCCGAACCUGACGUUCAGCCCACUGAAACCACAACCAUCAACACAGACAUCCUACUCAACCCAAUUCCCAAAGCAGAUUCUGACUCCGAUACCGAUUCGACUUACGACCCUGCGACUGAUCCCUACCCUUACACUGAGUCGGAAUACUCUGAUUCAGAUGCUUCAUGGGACUCGGACGAUGAUUAUUUGUUACCUCCUAAAGACCCCAUAGAUCAGGAUGAUGCUGUAGAAGGACACGAGGAGAAUCGUCGCGACGAGGGAGACACGGCAGGAGAUACAUCUGCUGGCGCGAGUAGCAGCAGGUCGAGUAGGUCGAAGCCUCUUGCGGUAUCAUUGUUUGAACGUAGAGGGGACGUAGAACAGAUAGGGGAAGAUGAAGCGAUUGGGAUCUUUGAUUCCAGACGGGAGGCUUGAGAUGACAUUGAUUCUAUUUUCUCGGCUUUAUUGUAACUGGGUGUUCUAGCAUCUGUGCAUAUGUUCAAUUGUAUCGUGCCAACGUGCUCAUCUAUGGUAUUUACUAUCUCGUAGUAUGUAUAAAUUCUUGUAGAAGCCAGUGUUUAAUGUUUGAUACAUCGUCCGUCUUGUCAUGUUACUAUCAUCUAAGAGACUUGCCGAUUUGGAUGUCUAG